UUAUUCGUUACUAUUGGAAGCAAGUAAGUCAUAAACAAAAGCAAAUUUAUCUCCCACUUCUCCAAGUAAGCUGAUAUACCUUUUUUUUUUAGAUGUUACAGGCCGUGUGUGCAACCCAUGGAAAAGACAUUAUUCAUUCAGACCUAAAACCCGCUAAUUUCAUUGUGAUUCGAGGCUCUCUGAAAUUAAUUGAUUUCGGCAUUGCUGCAGUAGUGCCCGAUUAUACUACGCAUAUUGCACGCGAUUAUCAAGUGGGCACGCGUAACUUUAUGGCACCCGAGACCUUUACAGAAGGGAGCAAUAGUGCAUCAGAUACCGUCUUCAAACAAGGUCGACCCAGUGAUAUUUGGUCUUUGGGAUGUAUUCUCUACCAAAUGAUCUUUGGUCUGCCUCCCUUUUACAGUGUACCCAAACACAUGUUGGCUAAAACCAUUACCAAUCCAAACCAUGACAUUGCCUUUCCUAAACACGCCAAGUAUGCAGGUGAAACCAUUGACAUUCCUGAGGAGUUGAGUGCUGUCCUCAAGAUGUGUCUUCAUCGUAACCCCAAAUUACGACCCACCAUGUCAGAAUUAUUGAACACAAAGUUCUAAAAAAAAAUAAAAUAAAAAAUGUUGAAGGCAGAUUUUUUGCCAGUAAAUGAG